AUGAGUCAGACGGUGAAGACAUUUGUGAUAUUUGACACAGAGACAACAGGACUUCCUAGCCCAGGAAACAACCCAAGAAUUACUGAACUGAGUUUCAUUGCAUUGCUUAGAGAUGAACUGCUGAAAUCAAGUACUCCCCGUGUUGUCAACAAACUUCUUCUAUGUUUCAAUCCUCAAAAGAAUAUAAGCUAUAAAUCUUCUUCAAUUACAGGUAGAAGUAAAAUUAAUGAAAUAGUUUCAUUCCCUUUAGAAAUGAAAAGAGUUUUUGUAGGCAUUGCAGCCUUUAUUUUUUUUAAAUCUCAAAUGUUUCAGUUUUCAGUGUGAUCUCAUAGUGGCCUCAAUUGUAAAGGUGAAAAGAUCAGUUGGACAAACCAGAGAGAAGAAAGAUUGUUUUAUUAAAUAUUUAUACAUUUUCCCAUACAUUUAUUUCAGGAUUAUAUAAUGAUGAAUUAGAGGCGUACAGCCCAUUCAAAACAUAUGCUUCUCUGAUUUGCUCAUUCUUGACAACUUUGCCGCAACCAGCUUGUCUUGUAGCGCACAAUGGCAAUGGGCAAGUGAAAUUAUAAUCAGACAUAUUAGGAUAGAUUUAACCUUUUCAUUACUGAUGACGAUAUCACGAUCACCCACUUUCAAUUACCAAGGACUUCACAUUGUCGUCAUAACAAUGAUGCAAAGAACUUUUCUGAAAUACCAAGGACGCCACAUCGACCUCAUAUUUCAAUGCUAUAUAUUUCUUUAUUUGUUAAUCUAUAGAGAAGUUAAUAAGCAAAUCGGAAAGAGAAUGAAAUAAUACCGGAAGUUUCAUCUUUAAGUUUUUUAAAUUGUUGAGUUAGCAAAAAUCAAUGCCAAAACCAGUGGCAAUGAAAGGGUUAAUAAUAGUAUUUAAUUGGAUAUAUUUAGUACAUAGAUUGAAUGAACUAUCGUAAUGCAUAACAUAGCAGUACAACUAUGUGUUCAAGCUUGAAAUAAAAAUUGAACCAUUGAAUAACGUUUAUAUUGAUUUUGUCAAAGUAUUCUGUUUAAAAUGAAAUGUUUAAUAUUAAGUUUUUUUCUUCUGUUACAGCUUUGAUUUCCCCCUCCUCAUCUCAGAGCUAAACAAUGCCAAUCAGCCUGUUCCAGUAAAUAUUUUGUGUGCAGACAGCUUGGAGGGUUUCAGAGAAUUAGAUGGCCUUCCAAAGCAACCAGAUUUUGUCAUUAAUAACAGAAAAAAUCGGUCAUUCACUGCUUUAGUGGAAACACCAAAGAGCGAGGCCAAUAAGGAGACACUUGAUCCUAACAUUUGUCAUUCAGUAUCACCCAGCAAGCAAGCCAGAUUAUCAGAAGAUGUCCAUCUACUGUGGUCAAUAGAUGCAGUGACACCUCAGCAUUCAUCCACUGUCAGUUCACCUAAGGGGCCCAAUGCAAAGCUUAAACGGGGUGAAAUAGUUAGAGAUGAGGCCACUAACAAGGCACGGCGAAAUUUGUUUUCUAAUCAGACUAGCGUGGAUAAGGGGAUAAAAAGUGAAACCCUUUCCUCAUCUGGUCACAGUGAAAGUCUGCCCCUUAUUUCAAAUAAAUUAAAUAAUGUUGCUGAUAUCCCAUAUCCCGAUUCACCUGAAACUCCAGACAACUUUAGUCCUUGGUCAACAAACAGUGAAGCUGAAGUCAUGUAUGCAGCAGAGCAGGCUGAGCUUAAUUUUAUACCUGAACCAGUCAGGACUAUGAAGGUACAACCACCUCAAGAAACCCC